CCCAAAUCCCUCCUUAAAUAGCGACUCGGGUCGAGGCGGCAAAGACACCUGUCACUUCCACCGCGCACCCCUAGCUCUGCUCUGGCUUCCCUCCGACACGACUCUACAGCCGACUUCCGCUAAAAAAAAAAAAAAAAAGAGAAGAAACCAAUACAAAGCCAACUGAAUAUUGCACUUGAUCUACUUCCAGAGGAUUAGAUAUUAAGACACUUGCAUAAGUUGAGUUGUUGCCACUGCUAGAAGUUUCUAAACAAAAAUAUGGGGUCUUAUGUGGAUUUGGAUUUCAAGAAAAUCAAUGAUGCACCACCUGGGGAUGGAAGUAAUGAGAAGCCACAAGGAAAUUAUGCGUUGACUCAGCAGCCUUCUAUAUACUCCUUGACAUUUGAUGAGUUCCAGAACACCUUGGGUGACCAAGGAAAGGAUUUCGGGUCCAUGAAUAUGGAUGAACUUUUGAAAAAUAUAUGGACUGCUGAGGAGACUCAAGCCAUGACAUCUUUGGCUGGUGGGAGGGAUGGAAAUGUCCUGGGUGGGAAUUUGCAGAGGCAAGGAUCUUUGACAUUGCCAUGGACACUUGGUCAGAAAACUGUUGAUGAGGUUUGGAGAGACUUGAUUAGGGAAAGUAGUUGGUACGGUGCUCUAGAUGGGAGCGUCACUGGGGCAAAUUUGCCGCUGAGGCAACAAACUCUGGGAGAGAUGACUUUAGAAGAGUUUUUGAUGAGAGCGGGAGCGCUGGGAGAAGAUAUCGAACUAACUAGAAGGCUUACUGGAUUCUAUGGUGAACUAUCUCAACCAAAUGAUAAUCCCAGUUUAGCUUUUGAGUUUCAACAGCCAAGUCGAAGUAAUGGGGUCUUUGUCAAUCAGAUAAUAGGGAACAAUAAUUCAAUUCCUACUCAGCCUGCUAGUUUAGCACUGAAUGCAGGUCGAGUUAGGUCUCCUCGCCAACAAAUUCAGCAGCAGCAGCAGCAACAACCACUCUUCCCCAAACCUUCGACUGUGCCUUUUGCCUCUCCCAUACAUCUAGUAAACAAUGCUCAGCUUGCUUGCCCGCAAAGUAAGAGUACAGUCGUUGGAGUUGCAAAGCCUACUGUGAAUACUGGUUUAGUUCAGAAUGGACGAAUUAGCAAGGUUGGUUUGGGUCCUGGGGCUGUCUCUAGUUUGGCUGGAUCCGCUGCAAGUCAGAUAUUAUCAGAUGUGAUUGCAAAGAAUGGUGUACAUACGGCGUCAUUGCCACCAGUUUCAUAUGUAUUUGGCCAGGAAAGGAGAUGCGGGGUUAAUGAGAAAGUAGUUGAGAGAAGGCAAAGGAGAAUGAUCAAGAACAGAGAGUCAGCUGCAAGAUCACGGGCUCGUAAGCAGGCAUAUACCUUGGAACUGGAAGCAGAAGUUGCAAAACUGAAAGAAAUGAACCAAGAAUUACAGGAAAAACAGGAAGAAAUUAUGGAGAUGCAGAAUAACCAGGUAGAUGUCCCCUUAGAUAUUUCUUAUAAGGCAUUAGAUCAAAUGAAUCAGCUGUGGGGAAGUAAAAGACAGUGCUUGAAAAGGACACUGACGGGCCCUUGGUAGAGAUGAUGAAUUCGAGGGUGCAUGGAUAUAAGUAGAACUAGUGCUUUGGGUACACGCUGAUGUAGGUGUUGAUGCUAUCCCAUUCCAGGUCUUAUACUACAGUUUAGUUUAGGUAUAUAGCUGUAUAGAGUAAGCAUUAUAAGAGAAGGAGCACAUAAAGUUUUGAGUUGUAAAUUAUGAACUGAGAUAAGAGUUAUAUCCUGUAAAAUUAUUAAAGCUUUUGUUGUUUGUGA